AUGUCGUGGGACCUGCUCCAGCGCUUUCUCGAGUCCGACGUCUUCAACUCCGAUCCCUUUCUCUCCGUCUCGUAUCUCUCUCGAUACGCCGACCAUGUGGGGAUCCACUACGUUCUCUGCAACAAGUUGCGACAAUUUCCCUACGAGGACAUCGAGUUCUUCCUACCUCAGCUAUGUCACCUCAUAAUCAGCGUUGACAAUGAGUCCAUGGCCUUGGAAGAGUUUUUGCUUGACCUCUGCGAGGAAUCCGUGACCGCGGCCCUACUGACAUUCUGGUUAUUCCAGACAUACCUGCACGACCUCGCCCUGACUCCCCAGGCCAAGGCCUUCCAGACGUGUCGGAGGGUUUACAACAAGGUGCAGCACAUCGUUUUUGGCCUCCCCGACGCGGCCCGCCAUGAAAAGAUCAAGGAGAACAUCCUUCCCGUUACUGUUCUCGCCAGCUUCGUCCUCGCCACCGUUGCCGUUCCCUUCCUUCCCUCUUUCGCUGGGCCUCUUGCCGUCGCCCAGGCGCGGAAACCUCAGCCGUCCGACGACCUAAUCUCUGAUUCCCUCGAAAACACGGUGGCCACUCCCAAGGUGACCCGGGCCCACACUGUGACCGCUGCGAGCUCGCGCUCUAGACGUGCCAAGGAUAGCGUUCGGAAUACGAGUGCCCCUGAUCACCACGGCCCUGGCCCUGCCGGCGUAGGCUCGAGCUCAUCGCCACCAACCGUCUCCCAUCAUGAGUCAACCGACUCGCUAGACUCGGCGACCGCGGUAACGACGCCCUCCGAGCCGAAGCGGAAACCUUCCCACCUAGCCAUGAGAUCGCUGGACGCCCGACUGAGCUCCUCUUCGUUGCCCUUGCCGGAUCUGCGGUCGCCCCGGAUGACCACCCGGCCCUCGACCCCUAUCUCGGCCGGCAUCGUGCCGCGCGCCGGCGAGCCGCUGCCCAGGAGACACUCGCAUCACGUCAAGAACGCGCUGGCCGUGGCGGAACUGUCGCCGACGCAGAAAACGAGGCUUCUGCGACAAAACUACUUCAAGUGUCAGACGCAGUUUCUUACCGCCCUCGAGGGCAUCUCGCACCGGCUCGUCAGCGUACCGAAACCGGCUCGCCUGAGCGCGCUGCGUGCUGAGCUCGCCCUCAUCGCCCAGGAUUUGCCGGCCGAAGUGGAUGUGCCGGUCAUUUGCCCGCCGACGCUCGUCAACGGAUCGCCCAGCAAGAGCCGCCACCAUCGCAUCGUCCGACUGAACCCGGCGGAGGCUACUGUACUGAACAGCGCGGAGAAGGUUCCCUACUUGCUCAUGGUGGAGAUUCUCCGAGACGAUUUCUCCUUCGACCCGGACACGCCAGACAACCAGAGGCUGAUGACCACGAUUCUCGCCGAGCAAGGGAGCUCGAGACGCAUUUUCGACCUCUCCGACUCGUCCCGGCGGAUGCCCACGCUCCCGCGGCCGGCCCCGGAACCCGAGGAGCCGGUGAUAGACAGCGUGUUCGAGCCGGUGUCUGGCGACCUCGGCAGCUCCCCGAUGUUGCGAGCUGACGACGAAGAGCCUUCCCGGAAGCAUCAGAGCAGCUGGCCACAGACGCAGCCUUCGAACCACCCUCAGCGGCUCUCCAGCGGACAGAGUACGGCACUGCCGAGCACGGUGUCGGAUAUGGCCACGCCGCGAAGCUCCGGGGGGUCUACGAGAUCCAGCAGCCCCGGGCCCUCCAGAAAGUUCAACCUCAACCUCUCGGGCCGUGCUGCUACGUGUCCGUCCGGCGGCGGCGGCGUGGAGCAACCCGACAUUUCGGCAUUGGCGACGCACAUGCGCACGGCUUCUCAGAUGCUGGCGCAGCUGGAGGCGACGAGCGGCAAGCGGCCCAAGGGAGAGGUGGCGGCGAUCCGGACCAGGAUCAUCGCCAGCAUGCAGAGCUUCGAGAAGCAAAGCUUCGACCUGGACGACGGGACGGGCCCGACGUUCGACACGAUCAUGGCCAAGGCGUCGGCGCAAGCAGCGGCGGCGCAAGCGGCGGCGGCGCACCACCACCCGGAUCUGGUGGAGGAGGGCGCGACGACGGCGGCGGCGGCGGUGGAGCCCAACGUGAACGGCGGGGCGGGCAUCGCGCGCAUGGAGAACGACAUCAAAACGGGCGGCUUGCAGCGGAAGAGCGACCGGGACGAUCCUAGCGCGGCGGUGUUCGGCGAGGCGUGGCAGGCCAAGAGGGAGCGCAUCCGCAAGACGUCGCCGUACGGGUGGAUGAAGAACUGGGACCUCGUCAGCGUGAUCGUCAAGACGGGCGACGACCUGCGGCAGGAGGCGUUCGCGUGCCAGCUGAUCCAGGUGUGCCACAAGAUCUGGGUCGAGGCCGGGGUCGACGUCUGGGUCAAGCUGAUGCGGAUCCUGGUGACGGGCGAGUCGUCGGGCCUGGUGGAGACCAUCACCAACGGGGUGUCGCUGCACUCGAUCAAGCGGAGCCUGACCAUGUCGAUGAUGGAGUCGGGGCCGCCGAGCCAGCGGCGGCGGGUGGCGACGCUGAAGGACCACUUCCUCAAGGCGUUCGGGCCGGCCGACAGCGAGCCGCACCGGGCGGGGGUGGACGCGUUCAAGCGGUCGCUCGCGGCGUACAGCGUCAUCUCGUACAUCCUGCAGCUGAAGGACCGGCACAACGGCAACGUGCUGAUCGACAGCGAGGGCCACAUCGUGCACAUUGACUUUGGGUUCAUGCUGUCGAAUUCGCCGGGGUCGGUGGGGUUCGAGGCGGCGCCGUUCAAGCUGACGCACGAGUACGUGGAUGUGCUCGGCGGGAUCGGGUCGGAGGACUAUGACGAUUACAAGACUCUUUGUAAACAGGCAUUUCAGGCUCUACGUCGGUCGGCGGACAGCAUUAUCGACCUCGUUGCCAUGAUGGGGCGGGAGUCCAAGAUGCCGUGUUUCUCGGCCGGCGUUGUACAGGCUACGCAUAACUUGCGACAACGGUUCCAGCUGCAGCUCAGUGCCGAUGAGGCGGAGCAGUACGUCGAGACGGACUUGAUAGGAAAGUCUCUUGGCAGUUACUACACCAGACUCUACGAUACUUUCCAGUAUAGGACGCAAGGUAUCUACUAG